AUGUCAUCGGAUCCCCGCUUUGCUCGCCUGAAAACCGACCCACGGUUCAAAAGGCCCAAUAAGGCGAAGUUUAAAGUUGUCAUCGAUGAACGGUUCAAAGGUAUCUUUAAUGAUGAAGAUCACAAACAAAAGAAGAAAGGAAAAGCAAUUGUGGACAAGUAUGGAAGACCGGUAUCAAGAAACAAGAAGAGAGAUGACAUGAGGCAGUUUUACAAGCUGCGAAAAGUUAAGGGAAGCAAAGAGGAGGACGAAGGUGCCACGACGAGUGAACCAGCGGACUACGCUCGCGGUAUAGCCCUCAUGGAGAGCUCCGACGAAGACGACUUCCGAGUCCAGCCUACACCGGGACCUGAUGAACCAGACUCAGAAGAGGAGCUACCUGAUGAGGUUAGGCUUGGCCCAGCGUCAUCCCGAUCAAAGCACCCCAUCUCUCCUAAAGGCAGCGGGGAAGGCAGUGACGAUGAGUUACCGGAAGUUGACCUGGAUGAAACCGAAUAUGCAGACUUGGAUGCACAAGCGUUGGCCUACUCAAAAUCGAGAGCUGCUGACGAAGAACCCAAUUCCCAAACUGUCCAAAAGACUUCCCGCCUCGCUCUUGUCAAUAUCGAUUGGGAUCAUGUCCGUUCUAGCGACUUGUUCAGAAUAUUCAAUUCAGUCGUCUCACAGUAUGCCGCCUCCUCUUCUCGGCACGCAGCCCGCGUGGAACGAGUUCGAGUAUAUCCCUCCGAAUUUGGGAAGGAACGAAUUAUGAAAGAGGAGCAAGAAGGGCCACCGCCAGAGUUGUUCAAGAAGCGUGCAGAUGAACUUCAGGAACCAGAAGAUGUGAACGCUGAAAACAUCUAUGAAAUUGGGGAUGCAGAUAAAGGCGAAGGCGAAUAUGAUAACGAGGCGGUGCGAAGAUAUCAGUUACAACGGUUACGGUAUUAUUAUGCUAUCGGAGAGUUUGAUUCCCCUUCCACUGCUCAGCAUGUUUAUGAGCAGCUUGACGGCACAGAGCUGGAAAGAUCGGCCAACAUCUUCGAUAUGAGCUAUGUUCCGGAUGAUCUGGUGUUUGACAACGAUUUUCGGGAUGAGUGCACAGAAGAACCUUCAGUGCUGAGAAAAUUGGAUUUUUCUACCGAUGCUUUACGGCAUUCCAAGGUCAGGCUUACAUGGGAUGGCGAUGACCCCGAUCGGGUUAUGCUCACGCGCCGAAGAUUGACUAAACAAGAAAUUGAAGAGCAAGACUUCCGUGCCUUCAUCGCUUCAAGUUCAUCGAGUGAAGACUCAGAGGCUGAACCGGAUGGGAAUGUCUCGAAGAAAGCAAAACACUCAGCUUCGGCUCUGCGGGCGCUCCUUCUUGAUCCAUCAAACGUUGACGAACUUCCUGAAGGAUGGGGUGACAAUGCGUAUUCCAACAAAGACGAAAUAAGUGUUACUUUUGCCCCGGGGCUUUCGGCAAGUGCCAAUGUCAACAGUGAUGAAGCCAGCCAGACUACACUAGAACGCUAUAUGCGUCGUCAACGCGAAAAGAAGGCCGAAAGAAGGGCGAUGAGAGGUGCCAUGCGGGCUGCUGACAUCGAAGGAGCCCCCGGGUCAAAGGCUGUGGAAGGUGAUGACUUCUUUGGGGACGAAGCGAACAGUGACGACGCGAAAUACGAGACCUCGAACAUUAAGGGCAACGAGCGCUCUUUUGCGACAUCUAAGGAUAGCGACGACGCAGUUCCAGAAUCUCUCCAGGAUGCUGAACAGUUGGUGGAUGACGACGAUCACAAGCAUUUCAGUAUGAAGGACGUCCUUGAGGCCGAGAAGAACGCGAAGCGGAAGAAGAAAUUCAAGAAGCGCGGACACAAAACGGAGCGCGAACUCGAGGUUGGGGAAGAGUUUGUGAUAGAUGUCAAGGAUGAUCGUUUCAAGGCUCUGCAUGACGAGACUGAGUUUGCAAUUGACCCAACAAAUCCUCAGUUCAAACCUACUGGAGCAAUGAAAGCCCUACUUCAGGAACGAGCGGAGCGUCAAAAGCAAAAACAAAAGAAUCGUGAUGUUGCUCCAGGUGAAGAACGAAAGUCCAGAAAACCUUCAUAUCCCCACCAUGAUUAUGGAAAUGACGUCCAGUCACUGGUAGAGAGCGUGAAACGGAAGAGCUCUGCUACUGCCAGCGGUCCCCGAGAAGGAUACCCGAAACGGCGGAAGCUUUGA